AUGAAGCAACCAACAACCUUGAGUCCUCUACUGGUGGCUGGGAUGACUGGUACAUUGGCCUUGAGUACUACCUUGGAGGUGCCCAAUUCUAUGGUGGCUGGUGGGCCCUUCGCCAAAGCUAUCCAUGAACAGUUUGAAGCCGAUGUUUGUGAUUGCCUUGUCCAGAGCAACACCAAGACAUUUGCCCAUGCCCAUGACUGCAAAAUUGAUUACUUUGUCCACUUCCCCGACAGUGGUCCCAUUCUCAAGUCUGUUGAUGUUCAGCCUGUCAAGAAGGUCAAGGCUGAGAAGCACCAUGAUGGGCAAGAUGUUGUCAAGAUGGGAACCAUGGUCACCAUUGAUGGAACUUCCAAUGCCCCCGCUGGAUCUCAUUCUUCUGAGAAGCAUGCCCCCAUUUUGAGCAAGUGCAUGACUGAAUCCUAUGGCAACCAGAUGGGGUACACUCUUGAGUCCUUUGAAGUGAACAAGGAGAUUGAUGUCAAGAAGGAUGAAGAACCAACAACUUGA